CUCGCGCGCGCCACCGAGCGCAUGGAAGGCAGAUGCAGCUGCGUGUUUCAAGUGCAAGGUUGGCUCGUUACAGAGGUCAGGAUGGCUGAAAAUCGCUUUACAAUUACGUGCAAGAUAUGCCGUCAAUUCUACAUACUAGCGGAGGAGGAAGAAGGGAACCUCCCACACCUUCUCCAGUGUGGUCAUGUGUAUUGUGCUGCCUGUCUGAACUUGCUGAAGUCACCAUUUAACACGAUUACGUGCCCAGACUGCAAGUUGGAAACUAGUGUGGAUGAAGAUGGAGUUGAUGGGCUACAGGUUGAUAGCAAGACCAUUGGCCUCAUUUACACAGCCAAAAUUAAGAAGAGCCGAGAAGACAGGCAGAAAACCAACGCUGAAAAGGCGCUAGCUGUCACUGGAUCGGGCCACACAGAAAAGUUGCGUUUGUGUGUCUUACAGGAUGCGGCUCUUAAGAAGGCAGUGGAUCAUGCCCUCAUUGAAGCAAUUAAAAAUCAGAGUCAGUUGCAGAGCAUUCAUGAGCGUUUGGCUAAGGGGCUGAAGACUCAGGUGAGGACUGAGAAGAAGCGUCUGCUUGCAGAGAUCUCCGAGAUGACGGAGAAAGCCAUCUGCGUAGUGCAGAAAAGGAAGGUGGCAUUGGUGUCAGGAUUGGGUGAGCUGGAUCACUGCUUCUCUGAGAUUCGCCGUAUGUUGCAGGAGGUUGAACAGAAGAAGAAAAGUCUAGAGAGUGCGAUUGCAAAGGCCGAAAACUUAAACUCACCUGUGCUCCAGGAGUACUGCAAUGCUGAGCAGGUGCUAGAGGCUCUGCGUGCUCCUGUGGACAUGCAGGCUUUUGAUCUGAGCUGCCUGACUCAAGUCACAGGACUCGGCUGCAGCCUUGAUUCAGAGAAACUGGAGCAAGCUCUCAGCAUGAACCAGGGCAACAGUGUAUCUACGGAGCAUAUGACUCCAAGGUUCAAGAGAUCAUCGAGAAGCUCUGUAGAAUCUCGUGGCAGCCUCUCCCGCCCAAAGACCCCCUCACCGCCCUCCGCUGCGGACUGGCAGCAGGAGUACCAGGGGAUUCAAAAUGCUCAGUCCAACUCCAGCCCCAAUGUCAUCAUCGAGGAGAUCUUUGAGGACAGCCCAGGAGUUUCUGCAUCGCCAAUCCAAAUGGCAGAGCCAAAGCAACAGGAGGGUCAGAGGAAGCCCAAAGGGACCCAGAAUCCUAUGCCACCAGCCCGGGAGGAGAAAGUGUGCCUACUCUGGGUAGUCGUGACUCAUGUGGUCAACCCAGCCCAUUUCUACGUGCGCUAUGUGUCAGAGCAGAGGGCUGGAACUCAUCUAAGCAGGAAGAUCAAUACAUUCUGCAUGGGGAGCAAGUGUAUGUUCAGUUCAAGUAAUGUGGUCAAAAAAGGUGAUCUGCUGUUUGUCCGCUGGAAGCCAGGCCUGUGGUGCAGAGCACAGGUGCUUGAUCUGUUCCAGGUGAGGAACGAGGAGGCUGUUCGGCAGUGCCUGGCUACAGACAUCGCCAGUCUUAAAGUCUUCUUCCUGGAUUACGGCUUUAUUAAGGGCCUUACAAUCGCAAGUGGUGAGGCUCUGGUGGGGCUGAACGAGGUCCUGAGGAGACCCGACCGAAAUGCUCAGGUGGAGUUAAGCCGGUGGCCUCAACAGGCUAUCAGGUGUGGCCUCAAUGGCAUCGUCCCGGUCCAGAUGAGUGGCUGGAGCAAUGAAGCCUGUAAGGAGUUCAGGAAUGUGACUGGCUCGGUAGCUGUACGGAUGCAGGUGUUUGGCAACGACAAGGGGACACUUCUGGUAGACCUGAAGAAAGCCCCAAUGGACCACAUCAAUAGCCGCAUGCCAAUCUCACUCCGAGAUCACCUGGUGUUCUUGGAGCAUGCCAGGUUCCAUUCUCCUGUGACUGCUGGUGCCUCCUGCUGUAAGCCUCUUCAGUACUACCCACCAGUUCUCCCGAAACCGAAGUCGGAGUUCUGCGCCAUCGUUUCUCACAUCAGUACACCCUCUGACUUUUUCAUCCAAAUGACUGAAAACAUGGAGUUCCCCCUCCUGGCGUCUAAGCUGCAAGCGUUUUAUGGGGCGCACAAAGAGGGCCUACAGCUACACUGCCCUAUGCUGGAGCAGGCCUGUGUGGCACCCCAUGACAACAAUGAGUGGCACAGAGCUCUUAUCACAGGUUUCCAUGGGAUGCGAAUGGCAGAGGUGCAGCUUGUGGAUGUUGGGAUCAAAAGGGUGGUGGCCGUGAGCGAUCUAAGAGUCAUCAAAGAUGAGUUUCUGUCCCUGCCGGCCAUGGCCAUAUGGUGUUGUCUGGCAGAUAUGGAGUGCGAUGGAGAUUAUUGGCGUACUCCAAGUAUUAAUAGGUUCCGAGACUUGGCUGAAAAGAGACUGGUCACUGUUUUGACAAAGAAGUUUAUGUCCUGCUAUGGGCCUCUGCCAGUCUGUCUGUUUGAGGGGGAUGACCAGAGGGAAUCUCGCAGCAUUGCAGGCAUUCUCAUUACUGAAGGAUUGGCCAGGAGGCCUAAGAACACGCGCCCCGUUGCCCCGGAGGUGUCUGUGUGGGACCCUCCCCUGGAGAGAGUGGAGGCCGAGCCCAGCGCCAUGGAGAUGGCAGGUGGCAUUCAGCUGAGUCCCUCAAUCAUUAUCCCGGCCAGUCAAAAGGAUAUCGAAGUGAAAGUCACUCAUGUGACAUCACCUGCCAACAUCUACGUCCAGCUCUCCCAAUACAACCGGCAGCUGAAGAGGCUGCAGGACCAGCUCCAGCAAGAGUUCGGCAGGUCGGCACAGAUGAGUAUAGACUGGGAGGUGGGGAUGGCUUGUGGAGCCCUCAUCAACGCCGUCUGGGAGAGAGGAGAAGUGUCUGCCAUCAUCAACAGCAAUAUGUUAGAGGUUUUGCGUUGUGAUUUCGGGAACUGUGUCAACGUGCCCGUAGACAACCUCAGGCCCCUCCCUACUCACAUGAUUGGCUCCUUUCUUAUUGAGUGUUGUCUCAGCGGAAUAAGGCCAGCGGGGGGACCUAAGUGGACAGCGACAUCUUGUGACCUCAUUUCUUAUUAUCUGACUGGAGCCACGGCAGUGAUGACAAUCAAGGAGCCUCCUCCUGCAGAGCCAAUAGGAGUGUCUCUGUUCUGCUCCAACCGGGCCGGGCAGAAUGUCAGCGUGGCUGACUACCUUAUCAGCGAAGGUCUAGCACUGCCGAAGAGGAAAUCCAGAUCUGUGGAGAUAAAUUUCGGAGAGGUCUUGGAGCCCAAGCUGGUUGAAGGUCUCCCAGCAUUGGAGGUGACCAGUGACGAGCCAGUGCCACUCCCAGAGGAGAUGAACACCAGUGCAGAUGAUCUCACCUGUGAAAUACCCCCGAGCACCGAUGCCUACCCACCACCGGAACCUCCAGUGCACCUCGGCCACACACGCAUGAGCAUCACCGCAGUUGGGGACGAUGGGGUCAUCUACGGCAUGACCUCACAAGCAGAGGAUGAGUUUGAGCGUCUGAAGAAGCGUCUGCAGCAGCACAUUAAAGCUACACCAGUGCUGAAUCAUCACAACUGGCGCAGCGUCAAAGGCUGCAUCAUCAAGGGCACCGACAUGCUGUGGCACCGAGGUCUAGUAGUGGAGCUUAUUGGAGGGCAGGUCAAGGUGCAGUAUGUGGAUCAGGGUCAGGUGGAGAACAUUCCGGCAUGUCACGUGUACCCCAUGGUGGUGUGUGAUGAUGUGCCCCAGCUGUGUCUGCCUCUUCGCCUCCAUAGGGGCAAGCCGGUGGGGAAGGAAUGGCAUCAUGAUGCUGUUGCCCUGAUCAAAGAAACGGUGCUUGGCAGACGUGUUGAUGUUCAGAUUAUGGAGUUGCCCAUAGAACCACGGGAGUGUACUCCCAUCGAGAUCUUUUUGGAUGGUAUGCCCCUGAGCAGAAUCCUGGCACACCAUCAACCCACCUGCAUUAACAUCUCGGCUGUGGACUUUGAGGAGCAGGUCAUUACUCCACUGGUUGAUCUUGAUGACUGGAACUUGGACACAAAGGGCCUGCUGGACCACCCUCCGUUGUUGGGAACUUACGCUGACCAUCGUCUCCCCAAAAUUGGCAAACGCUGCCCUGUGAAAAUCAAACAUCUGUGCACUCCCAACAAGGUUUACCUUAACGUGAGCCGCGAGGAAGAUAAUGAUGUCUCUCUAGAGGAGGUGCUCGAGUGUGUCAAUGCGGACAUGAGCUCGCUGUCUCCCCUCACUGACUUCCCCAUUGGUGGGCCAUGUCUGGCUGAGUACAGUGAUGGCAGGUUCUACAGAGCUGAGUUUACCGGCUUUGUGUCCAUCAGUCCAGAAAUAAAGAUGCUCAUCAGACACGUAGACUUUGGCUCCGAUGACACUUUGUCCAUACUCAAGCUGCGCUGUCUCCCAGAGUGCCUGCUUGAUUUCCCUCGUCAGGCGGUGUGUGUGCGUCUGGCUGGUUUUCAGCCACCCCGUUUCUGCUCUGAGACCAAGCGCCUCCCUUAUGCUCCUGAGUGGAGUGUGAAGGCAUUGCUCGAAAUGAUGAAUCUAUUGCAGCAGAAAGGCGUGUUCCGAGCCCUGAUAGCAGCUGCAGGUGAGGAGAGUGUUGCCUACCUCUACAAUCCAGAUGGGACUCUGGUGCACCACUCUCUGGUGAAGAGGGGCCUCGCCGACUACCUCUCCGAGUCACCAACACACACACCCCUUACACUCGGCACACUCAUAUAAUCAUAAACUGAUCUCAUAGUAAAGAUGGCCUACUCCUUACAUAUCAACAUAUAGAGUAGAGCAGUGAACAGGUUUGGCUGUUUAGUUGUUUACUUGUUAGUUUUGUAGUAAUUUCAAGUUUAAUCAAGAAGCAUAAAAAAGAAAGCGGCACUUUUAUAUUUGUUUUAUUCGUUACAUUUUAGUAAGAGGUUUUAUUUGUUUUGUAUUGUUGAACACUUGAGUCUGUUAAAAGUGUGUAAGUGUCCAAUUGUCUAAGCUGCUUAGUUUGCCGCUGAGCUUAAUGCUUGUAUUAUUUCUGUUACACAUCUAUGCCCCUGAGAGUUGUCCAGUUUUGUAUUAAACCUAAUUGCAUUCAG